AAUAUACUCCAUUACCACAUACUACAUGGACCAUGGCCAGUACGGCCAGCAGGCGUUCACCACCGGCCACACAAGACUCCAUUUUAAUUCAAGAAUCCCUUCACUUGACUCGGAAGUACCAUUUUACAUGCGUCAAGUACUAAACCCUAAUGCACCACCACCUCAUACUUUUCGUGACAACCCCACCGUCACUCCUCCACCUCCCCCGCCUGCAUACUCACCUCAAACGGGAUGGAAUGGCUUUAACAGCGGUAUCAACCUGAACCAUGGUACCACCAGUUAUGCUCAGAGUACUACCAUCCGAUGGCCAAGACAAGAGACACUUGCACUUCUUGAGAUCAGAUCUCGACUUGACCUUUGUUUUAAAGAAGCCACAUCUUCAAACCAUAAAGCCCCUUUGUGGGAUGAAAUCUCGAGGAUAAUGAAUGAAGAGUAUGGGUACCAGAGAAGUGGAAGAAAAUGCAAAGAAAAGUUCGAAAAUUUAUACAAGUAUUACAAGAAGACUAAAGAAGGCAAAGUUGGAAAACAUGAUGGUAAACACUAUCGGUUUUUUCGCCAACUCGAAUUCCUCUUUGGAGAUCAACAUGAUCACCGAAGUAUCAAUAGCAAUAUCGUUAUUCAUCCCAGCAGCCAAUCGAAUAAUUCUGCUGAACAUGGAACACCAUCGUCAGAAAAGAUCCGAAGUGAUCGUAAGUUGAAAAAGAAGGAAAUGAUAGCUGUAAUUGAAGAGUCAAUGGAAUCACAAUUCUCGAAACUAAUGGCUAAACAAGAUGAAUUUGGCAAAAAGAUAUUGUGUACGAUCGAGCGUAAAGAGCAUGAGAGGGAGGUCAGCGACGAGGAAUGGCGAAAACAAGAGGCCGCUCGAUUGGAUCACGAAUGUGAAGCUUGGGCUAGCCAUGUAGCACGUAUAGAGACUCGCGACGAGUGUUUACUAAAUGCUUUACAAAACCUACUUAGGGUUAGAUCGAUUGGAUCUAGUUACAGAAGCAUGAUUCCUAUGGAGAAUUCUAAAGAGAUAAAUGGGUGCCUUGGUAAUUACGAAAAACAAAAAGAUUGGAUCGAAACUGAGAUCUGUAGCUUGAUUCGUAUACGAACAGAGAAAGAAUGCAGAUUUCAAGAUGUUAAUCAAGAACAUGGGGAGGGCCUUUGGCAGGAGGUAGCUUUCGAAUUGUCUCUUUUGGGAUACAGUAGAAGUGAUAGCGAAUGUAAGGAGAUAUGGGAAAAGAUUUGUGUGGAUUUUAACAAGACGAAGAUGGAAUGCGAGAACAUGAAGAAAGAGGAUUCUUCAAGAACGAGCAACUCCAUGGACGACAAGGAAGAUCGUAAUAGUUGUUUCAGCGUCACCGCAAUGAACAUUGACGGCGAGCGUUCGUGGGAAACUAUGUAAUAUUCCAGGUGAGUUAAAUCAUGUAUUUAUGCAAGUGAAAUUAAUGAAAUUUUAUCAAAAUGCAAGGGGC